AUGCCAAAAGACCUAUUAGCAGCUUUAAAAGAGGAAAACGGUAUCAAUAACCGCAUUUCAAACGACAGUUUCGUGGACAGCAGCUAUCUAUCCGGCUUUUUUAGUCAGGUCGAGCAACUUCGUGGUGAAAUUGAUAAAAUCGCCGCCCUUGUUGCUGAGAUUAAACAGAAGCAUAGCGAAAUACUCGCCGCUCCAAACCAAGAUGAAAGAACGAAGGCUCGAGUCGAAGAAAUUAUGGCAGAAAUCAAACAGCGUGCGGGUGGAGUUCGAUCCGCUCUAAAGCAGCUUGAUCUGUCCAUCCAACAGGAGGAAAACGCCGGUGGAGAUGUCGCAGAUCUUCGAAUAAAACGGGGUCAACAUCAGACCAUAGGUCGUCGAUUCGUGGAAGUAAUGCAGGAAUACAGUAAAGCUCAAACGGACUACCGAGAUGCCAAUAAGAAAAGAAUUCUUCGUCAAAUGGCCAUUGGUAGGGAGUGUGUGUGCUCACCAGCUUGA